GCGGUGGUGGUGGAUGAGGAGGGGGAUCUGAUCUUAUGUGCAAGGGAGGAUGGGCGAGUGGAGGUGUGGCACGGCAGCAGCAGCCUCAUGCUCCUCACUCCGGACCAUGCCACGCCCGUACCAGCAACAGCAGGCAACACCAGCAGCACAGCUGCUACCACCAACACCACCACCACCGCUAGCAGCAGCACUCCCAGUGCUGUUGCGACUGCUGAUCCUUGCUCCUCGCUGCCAGCGCUGCUGGCUCUGGCAGUUUGCCGCCCGCUGCUGGCUGCAGGCGCUGCUGACGGCUCCAUUCUGCUAUGGCACUUGCAUGGGCAUGGCGCUGAUGUCAGCAUCACCCCAUGGAGGCGACUCAUGCAUGCACAUGCACAGUCCCACAUUCAGGGGCCAUGCACUGCCCUCGCCUUUGCUGCUGCUGCUGUUGCUGCUGCUGUGGGUUGUGAUACUGGCAGCGCCACCGACCAUGGCAGCAGUGGGUGGGGUGAUCAAAUUGCUGGACUGCUGCUGCUAUCAGGAGGGUUUGAUGGCCGACUUUCUGUUUGGGAGGGGAAGAUUUAGAGGGGAAGGUUGAUGGCCGUGUCUCGAGCAGUCUGCUGAAGAAGAAGAGGGUUUGAGGGGGCUUGGCUGGAUGGAAGAGGAAUUGGCAGUGUGCAUUGCUGUGAAGUACAGGCGACACAGCAAUGUGAAUUGCCUGCACAGCAAUGUGAAUUCCCUGCACAGUAAUGUGAAAUGCUUACACAGCAAUGCACUUCGUACAGGCAGCACUGUCACACACUGCAUGGAUUGCCUAGUAGCACAAGCCAAGCCUCAGUGCUGCACUUUGUAUAGUACAUCUUCUUCCUUAGCAUUGAAUUGCACUGUGUUGCAUGCCUCCCCUGUUGCUCCCCAUCCGUCCACUGGUCUCUAGCUCUGGCUACAUCACAGGGUCUCUGUUCUCUUCGUUGUGUGUCUCGUGACUUGGAAAACUCGCCGGAAGACAGCUGUUACAGUAG